AUGUUCAAUUUAACAUUUCGUAGAUAUCUUAUUACAAAUAAGGCACCUCUAUUGAAUGCAAAUCGAAGAUUGUCAGCCCCUAGGUCAUCGAUCCCCGGACUGUCUUCGAGAUGGUUAUCAACCGGUAUGACGCAAACUGCAAGAGAGCCUUUCUAUAGAAGAACUACUAAGUCCAUAUUCAGAUUCACUCUUCUUUCAACAUUAGCUAUAGGUAGCUACUUAACCUACGAAAUUUAUAGAGAGUCGAACCCGAGAAAACAAGCGCCACAAUCAUUGAACUUGGCAAACGGCCAAAAACGUAAGACUUUAAUCAUUUUGGGAUCAGGUUGGGGAUCUGUAUCAUUGUUGAAAAAUUUAGAUACGUCUCUAUAUAAUGUCAUCCUGAUCUCCCCAAGAAAUUACUUCCUAUUCACGCCAUUGUUACCUUCCACUCCAGUAGGUACCAUUGAAUUGAAAUCUAUCAUCGAACCGGUUAGAACAAUGAUCAAAAGAUGUAAAGGUGAGGUCAAAUAUUUUGAAAAUUCUGUACAAGAUAUUGAUCCAAUCUCUAAAAAUAUAACUUUAAAUGAUGGGAAAAUAAUAGAUUAUGAUUAUUUAGUCGUCGGUGUCGGUUCAAAACCAACUACUUUCAAUAUCCCAGGUGUCAUUGAAAACUCUUCCUUUUUGAAAGAAAUUUCUGAUGCAAAAGAAAUUAAAUCAAAGAUUUUUAAAAAUAUUGAAUUGGCAAGUGCUCUAGAGAAUGGUGAUCCAUUGAGGAAAAAAUUGUUAAGCUUUGUAGUAGUAGGCGGUGGCCCUACUGGUGUGGAAUUUGCCGCGGAGCUGAGUGACUAUAUUCAGCAGGAUAUCAACAAAUGGCAGCCAGAAUUACAAAAUGACAUCUCGAUUACUUUAGUAGAAGCUGCUCCAAAUAUUUUGCCCAGCUUCAAUAAAGAAUUAAUUCAAUAUGCUGAAGAAUUGUUAAGCAGUAAGGGCAAAAUUCAGCUGAAGUUAAAUACUAUAGUUAAGGAAGUCGACUCAAAUUAUUUGAAAGGUUUAAUCAAAGAGCAGAAUAGUGAUCAUAUGGAGCACAUUCCAUAUGGGGUGCUAGUUUGGGCAACGGGGAACGCCCCAAGAGAUAUUUGUCAAUCAUUGAUGUCCAAAUUGAAACAACAGGAUUCUAGGCGUGGUCUCUUAAUAAAUGAUAAAUUGCAAUUAUUAGGAGCAGAAGAUUCAAUAUUUGCCAUAGGUGAUUGUACAUUCCAUCCAGGUCUUUUCCCAACUGCACAAGUAGCAUCGCAGGAAGGUAAAUAUUUAGCAAAUAUUUUCAAGAGACUGCAUAAGAUCGAAAGAUUAGCAUUUGAAAAGAAAAUCAGAAAAAUUGAAAUUCCAGAUUUCAAAUACAAAUAUAAAGGUGCUUUAGCUUAUAUCGGUCAGGAUAAAGCGAUUGCGGAUGUUGUGACCUUUGGUAAGACUUAUCCUUCUGCGGGUUCAUUGACUUUCUAUUUUUGGAAAUCCGCAUACUUGACAAUGCUAUCGUCAUUUAGAAACAAGAUAUUGGUGGCAUUAGAUUGGACAAAAGUGUCAAUGUUUGGUAGAAACUCAUCAGAGUAA